AAGCGCGAAAUCUCUGGAAGACAAAGAUUUUGUGUCUAACUGUUUCUUUUAUCAUGCAUAACUGACCUAUAUAAAAUGUAACGUUCCCUGAGACAUUUUCAUUAAUUCAGAAGAGUUUUGAUCACCUGUUAUUACAACACACACGCACAGAAAACCAAUAUCAUUAUCAGUUUCUGGGUUGGUGGCUAGAUUUUGUACCGUCAACUUUUAUCACUUGGAUCGUGAGGAACCGUUUGGCUGGAAAUUUUCUUCUUGUUUUGUUUCUAAAAGUUCGCACACUAUUAUAGUAACUAUCCAGGUUACCAAGGUCAACUACUGAUCCCAUAAAAAUCCAACUUCUGCCUGGUAACCUUACCAAACAUGAUGCCUACAUACAGAAGCAUGGACUCAUACCCAUAUCAAAGAAACCCAACACCCUUCCCUCAUUGUUAUCAUCCUAGCAUUGAGACUAUUCCUCCUCAAAUAAAUAUGGAUCCAUCCAAAGCACCCUUUUCUUAUGAUCAACAUUGGCCUUGCUGUGGAAAUUAUGGGCACCCUAUGCACCCCCAUUUCUGUUGUGGCCACAAUUAUUUCCCAAAUUUUUAUGGCUAUAGGCCUUCUUAUCCUCAUGCUCCAACACCAAUGUACUAUUCUGGAGGUUGUCCUGCAUAUGGUGAGCCAUUUAAUGUUCCUUAUUCUCCACAACCACAUUAUACUAUGGAGCUGCCUAGAUAUGAAUAUGAUAAAUAUAUGCCACGUGACCAUCAUUGUUGUUGGUGUCCUCAUCUACCAUGCAACCAAAAGGAAGGUAAAAGUGUGAAGAUUGAAGCGCAUGAACCUGAUGGUGGAAAGCAAGUGAAUGAUGAUUUGGUCCCAAUUCAGUUCAGGAAUUAUCCAUAUCCCUUUGUUUGGGUUCCACCAGAGUACAAAAGUAAUAGACAGCUGAAAAAUCCUAAUACAACUGAGGGGGGUGAGCAAAACAAGAUAUCUCAUGAUAGGACGCCUACUAGUCCUGAGAAUUUUAGUGCUAAUGUGAAGCCAGUGCAAGAGCCUAGAGUCUGGAAUGGAUGGUUACCCUUUGAUAUAAAGGGUGCUCCAAGCAUGUUCCAUGAUGGAUAUGGAACAAGAAACCAUAACCAGGAAACUGACAAUAAUAGAAAGGAAUCAGAAGAUGGAAGAAUGAAUCAAAAGCACCAAAGUGAACACAAGAGAUCGGAAUUCCCAUUUAUCUUCUGGUUGCCUUACUACAAUAAACAGGAGGAAAGUGGAAAGACUAGCAACCAUGAGAACGCUUCAUCGUCGAAAAUCAUUGAGGAGGUGCUUCAUACAUCUAAAUCUGUUCCAGUGAAGUCUCAUGAUGAUGAAGGUGUUAUGAAUGAAAGAAGAUCAAAUCAUGUUGAAUCCACUAAUAUAGGUGCUUCUGAUGUUGUUGAGAAAGUGAAUAAUGCUAGAAGCAUCCCUGUGAAGCAGCUUGAAUUGCAUCGAGGAAAAAAUGACUCACAGGGAAAUGGCAAGAAAGAAAUGAUUGUUUCUCCAAAUCAAGUGGAAGAAAAUGUUACAAAGAAGGACUCUUGCACUGGUGACAAAAAGAGACAAUCUACAUCUCCAUCAAAAGCAUCCAAGUUACCUCCUGUUUGUCUGAGAAUUGAUCCACUACCAAGGAAGAAAAAUGGUAAUGGGAGUUCAAGGUCCCCAAGUCCACCUUCCUCAGAAGAACAUUCCCAAGCCACAGCUGGUGAAAAAUCCAAGACUCCUUCUUGUCACAUGAAUGACAACAAGGCUCAGUCAAAUUCUAGUCUUCAGAAUACUACAAACACUAGUGAGAAAGUUGAACCAAAGGUAAAAACCAUUCAGGUGAUGGAAAAUAAGACAGGUGAAAACAAGGAUGCUGAUUAUAAAGAUGGAUAUCAAACCCACGUAAAUGUAAACAUACCCAGUGAAGUUCCAACAGGGACAAAGGAAACUUGUACAAAUGGUGACACAUAUAUGACUGAAGACAAAAAGGUAGAGAAAGGGGAAGAAAAUAAGAUGGAAGAAACUCAAGAAGUCAGGGAAGUGAAGGAUACAAGCAUUCCGGUUGAUAAAGGUCAAAAAGAGAGAAGGGUUUUGUCAGAUGCAGAUGCUGCUGUUUUGAUACAAGCUACAUAUCGCGGUUAUCAAGUAAGAAAAUGGGAACCAUUGAAGAAAUUGAAGCAGAUAGAUGAAAUCAGAAAGGAGGUGACUGAUGUUCAAGGCUGUGUUCAAGCUUUCCAGAGCUCUUCUGAUCUUCAAAAUGAUGAGAAGCGAAAAAUUGCAAUUGGAGAGACCAUAAUGAGACUCCUGUUGCAGCUGGAUACUAUACAGGGUUUGCAUCCAAGUUUCAGGGAGAUCAGAAAAUCCCUGGCAAAAGAGCUUACAACCUUGCAAGAACGGCUUGAUUCUGUAAUGGCCAAGAAAACACAGCAGCAGAUGCAGGAUUUCGUUGCUGAGAAGCCCAUUGAAGUCACACCACUGAAUAUGCAGAAAGAAGAAUGUGUGCAGGAGCAACAAAAAGAAAAGGUUGCAAUACCAGUAGAUUCAUUUGAAGGCAUUAAGGAUGGCAGCAAAAGUCCUCGUGCUAGUGAUGGUGCAAGUGAAUCUCAGUCACCAAUUCAUGUUGCAUCAAAUGAGGGAACAAAUCUUAUUGCACCACUAAAUGGCUUAGGUAAUGAAGUUAACAGACAAGUGGUUAUUGCUAAUGAUUCAUUGAAUUUUACAAGUGAUCUAUCUGAGACUGACAAAAUGCUUGUGGAACCUGAAGUUAAAUCAGAGGUGAACAACAUUCCCAUUGAGACUGAUAAGCUAGAUAUGACUGUUUGGGAAGAAUUACCGGUGGGAGUGAUUGAUGAAGAUAUCAAUGAUGUUAGCAUUGCAAAGGAUGAACAUGAUGAUGUUAGUUCUGGAAGUCUCCUAGCCACGGAUUCUGCAAAUGAUGGGUUAGGUUCGGUGAUCCAUGCAAUGAUGCAGUUACCAAAAGGAUUGCUUGAUGAGGAUGAAAAGGAUGGUGAAACAAAUAAUUCUAGAGGGGAAGCACAAGCAGAAACUGAGGAAUGGGUUGAAGAGUUGUCAGUGAGACUUGAUGAGGAUUUGGAAAAAUCUAAAGGUGAGAGCUAUGAUGGAGCUCAAACUUAUGAAGAGGUUCUACCAGCUGAAGAAAGGGUAAGUAAUGCAGAUGAGAAAACAAGUUCUUCCACAGUAAAAGAAACUAAACCAGAAAAGCCACAAGAAGAAGAGCAGGAAGAGGUGCAAUCUUCUGGGGAAUCAGAUGGUUGGGUAAAGAUUGAAUUUCAAAGAGAAGAUGAACUCAAAGAGCAUUCACCAGUGGAUAUAGAGGUUAAGUGUGAGACAUGUGAGGAAGUUGGAAUUGAUACUAAGUUUCCAUCUUUGAUAACACAAGUUCAUGAUCAUGAACUAGGAAAUGGAGAUGCAUGCUUGGAAGCAAGCAAUCUUAUCAAUGACUGGCACAAAGAAGAUGAAAAAGAAGAAAAGGUUGCACAACGUGAUGGAGGGUUAAAUGGUGAUGCAAAAUUAGUGGAAGAGAAUGAGAAGUUAAGGGAGAUGACGAAGAAGUUGCUGGAAACUGGGAAUGAACAGUUGAGUGUAAUAUCAGAUUUGACUGGUAGAGUGAAGGACUUGGAGAAAAAAUUAGCUAAGAGCAGGAGUAAGCGAUUAAAGACAAAGCGAUAUAGACCUGCAACUUCAAAGAUGUCUUGCAUGAAAUCUUCCAAAUAAUAUGUUAAUGAGAGUCAUUGUUGUUGUAAUGUAAUCUAUUCCCUUCUCUUUUUGUUGUAGUUGUGAAGUGUGGUAUGUGUCCUGUUUUUCUGAUAAUGUAUAAUAUUAUAAUCAUGCUUGAGAAUGUGAAGAUAUGAAGUUAAGUUGCUUUUCUGCUAAAAUGAACUUAUCUAGCAUGUUAGCAGGAUUUUGUUUCUC